CGGCGUUUUACCUCCUAAUCCUUUUCUUGAUUCAGCUGUGAAUGGUUAGAAGCCAUGGACUACAUAUUAUUUGUCUAUUAUUAUAUCCGUUGUUCACUAAUGUGCAUAUCGUAAUGGCACCUCGUAAUAUCUAUGUUGAGUUUGAUAGAGCAAUUCGAUUUACUGUGAAUUUGCAGCAAAAUCAAAUUCCCCAAAAUGCAGGUGAUCAGCUCUGAUGCCUAUACAUAAGGUAGUUUUGAUAACAACUUUAAAAGUCAAAUUCGUAAGGUAAUUUUAAGUAAUUUUUGUUAAAGUCAUUUAGCCGACGUUUCGACAGCUCAACUGUCAUUAUCAAGACACAGAAAAAGUUUUCUGAUCAUCUUGAAGAAUGUUUACUUUUAUUAAAUAGAUUUGCAUUGUCAGACGGUGAUGAAAACGAAAACAAUUUGUUACUCUAUAAGCAACAGUUCUGCGGUUUAGUUAACAGUGAAGCUGUGUAGGAGAAUUGGAACAUGUUUACCCUAGGUGAAUCAGGUCCCAGAACUAACAAACAUGAAUGUUCAUGUUUGUUAGUUCUGGCCUAUAGUUCAAAAAGGGGCUAAUGACAUGAUAACAAGUACAGACUUAAUUGAGAAUAUUAAUAAAAUUGAUCUUAGUUUGUUGACACGAUUGAUCAAUGCUAUCAAUCAACAUCGACAAAACGAUGACUUGUCAACUGAUAUUUGCAGUGAACAAACAUCACUAAUAAAGACAACAACACCCGAUGUUCUAGAGAAAACAUCAUUCGCUUAUAAAAAAUUAAUUAAUGAAGGUUAUAUUAUCAUUGAUAGAUUAGGAGCAAUUGGAAUCUCGGUAUAUAUUGUCCAUUGUUGGCUAAAAGAAGGAAUAAGAUUAGUGAAACGUUUAAGCUAUCGUACAGCUGAUGAAGAUAUUAGGAAGAAGGUUACU